AUGGAAGACUUUGACAAUUCAUCCUCCAAGAACCUCUGCUUCCAAGCGUCCAACGUGACUUCGUCUCCGGUCCUCAACAUCCCCUACUUCCUCUGCGAGAACUUGACGUCCCUGCUCUCCAUUGUGGGCAAUCUUUUCAUCUGCGGCGUCAUCUUGCAGAACCGGAAGCUACGUGCCGUCGUCACCAACUACUUCCUGGUCUCCUUGGCCAUGGCGGACUUACUGGUGGGGGCCGUAGCCAUCCCUUGUGCUCAAUUCACCGAGUUGGGUUUGCCGCGCCACAGGCCACAACUGUGCCUUUGGAUGCUCUGCACGGUGUUGGUGUUCACGCAAGCCUCCGUCUUUGGCCUGUUGGCCAUCGCCGUGGAGAGGUACAUCUCCAUCCUGAGGCCUUUCCAGUACAAGUCCUUGAUGAGUCCUCGCAACUCGCUUUUGGUGAUCUUGGCCUGCUGGGUCCUGGCCAUCGUGAUCGGCCUCCUGCCCCUGAUGGGUUGGCACAACCCAUUCCCGGCCAGUGGGGAAUGCUUAUUCAACAGCAUCAUCAAGAACACGUACAUGGUCUACUUCAACUUCAUGGCCUGCAUGCUGGCCCCUUUGUCGGUCAUGAUGGUGCUGUACGGACGGAUCUUCUUGGAGGUCAAGCGCCAGAUCCGGAAGGUGGCCGAAGGAGAGGUGGACGUCAGCGCUCAAGAGCGACGGCGCAUCAUCGUCCGCAAGGAGCUGCAGACGGCCACCUCGCUCUUCAUUGUGGUCUUCUGCUUCAUCGCCUGUUGGUUCCCAGUCCACAUCCUCAACACCAUCAUGCUCGUCUGUCCCUCCUGCUACAUCCCCAGCCAGGUUGUGUUGGCCACCAUCAUUCUCUCCCACGUCAAUUCUACCAUCAACCCUGUGAUCUACGUCUUCCGCAUGAGAUCCUUCCGGAAAGCCUUCGAAAGCGCCUGGUCUUGCAUCUGUCUGUCCACCACCGUGGGGGUGCUUUCAGGAUCCGAGACCAUCCCGUCCAACGCGUCGGAGAGCCCAAUCUUUCGGAAUACCUCUCUGCCAGGAAACUGA